GUGUUAUGAAAAUGGCCUCGACCCUGCCCGUGCGCACGAACAGCCGGAGAAGAUGACGGCGCUGAGCUUUUUAAGUCGGUGUAACACCAAAGUGUCUUCUCUGAACACGUAGGGAACAGUGAAGCGAGCAAAGACAAGGAGGCUGCGGGCAAAGAAACGACUGGAAGUACCACAGACCACACCGCAUAUUUCCGUCGGGCUGAGGAGCCACUAUGGAGGAUAUCAACUCAAAUAUCAACGCGGACUUGGAGAUGCGGAAGCUCCAGGACUUGGUGAAGAAGCUCGAGCAGCAGAACGAACAGCUCCGGACCAGGUCCACGAUGUUGUCCUCGUCCGGAGCGAUGUCAGGGAACCACAGACCCCUCAGCGCCGGAUACGACUCGUCGUCCCUGUCAGCGGGGAUGGCAGCCGGUCUGGCCGGCUUCCCUGGGGUGGGGUUCGUCGGAACGGGAGGCUACGGUGGGCUGUUGGAGAAUAACCGUUGUUUGAGCCCCAGGCUCUCUUACGACGGCAUCAGCUUCAGGAGGGCGUAUGAGUGUGAGGGGGCAUCGGCUGCCACCUCUGUGUCGAGCAUGAACUCACUUUAUUCAGACACCGCCGGGAGCUUUACGGACGAAGGGGAGACGUCAAUCCUAGACGAAGUGGAGAUCUUAGAUCUGGAAGACAUGGACUGUCUAAACGAAGACGAGGACAGCUGGCUGUAUGAGACGAAACUGAACAGUCCCCUGCAAAAAGCCUUGAGUCCUAUCGUGUGGUGCCGGAAAGCUCUCGACAACCCCAGUCCCGAGAUGGAAUCAGCCAAGCGGUCCCUCAUCCACAGACUGGACCUCACCAUGUCGGCCAACAAGCGCAGGAGCCUGUAUGGAAGCCCCUACAACCAGCAGAGCUACGGAAGCCCGUACAGCACAAACGCAGCCAACAGCCCCUACAGCAGUGGCUUCAACUCCCCCUCCUCAACCCCCAGCAGAGUGCCCAUUGUCAGACAGCAGCUGAUGCCUGGGAACGCAGCAGCACACCAGCGAAACGCAGCAGCGGACAGGAAUCCUCCGCCGGUUAGUCCACAGUCAUCAGUGGACAGCGAGCUGAGCACCUCAGAGAUGGAUGAGGACUCAGUGGGCUCCUCCACUACCUACAAGCUCAAUGAUGUCACUGAUGUUCAGAUAUUGGCGCGCAUGCAGGAAGAGAGUUUGAGACAGGACUAUGCUGCAACAGCAUCCAGACGGAGCUCGGGCUCGUCCUGCCACUCGUUGCGGCGCAGCACCUUCAGCGACCAGGAGUUAGAUGCACACAGUCUGGAGGACGAGGAGGAGGCGGUCCACCCGGCCUUCCACCUGCCCUCCAACCGCUUCAGCCCCUCCCCUCGACACUCUCCCCGCGUCUCCCCCAGGAAUUCGCCCCGCUCUCGCUCCCCGGCUCGUUCUAUUGACUACAGCCACAGCCGCGGCUCGCCUCAGCCCAUCAUCAGCCGCCUGCAGCAGCCCCGCCACUCGCUGCAGGGCCACGGGCACGACCUGCAGACCAACGUGGUGAAGAACGAAGAAAAGCUGCGUCGUAGUCUUCCCAACCUCACACGCUCCUCGGCAGCGGCAGCCCAGGCCCCAGAGCCCGUCAAGAACAGCCGCAGCUGCGAGUCCAACCUGCAAGUGCCAAACGGCGGCUCUCCUCGACACCAGAGCCAGUCUGCUCCAGCAGCAGCUCAACUCCCAAGAUACUCGACCCCCUCUCGCUCCUCCCCGAAACCCAAACAGCACCUCCAAAGCCCAACCGCCCUGCGAGUCCCACUCUCCUGUUGCUUUGGAGAAGAAGGUGAUUUCAUCCCCUCUCCCAGUAAGCUGCGGACACCCGCCACCCCGUCCCCGCUGGCCUUGAGGCAGCCGGUAAAGGCCACAUCCAACCCUGGUUCUGCCAACUCCACCCCCACCCGCUCCCUGGCUCCUCCACGCAGUGGCCUGCCCCGUCCCAGUGCUUCUGCAGGAGGGGGUAUCCCUCUGCCUCGCAGCAAAUUGGCCCAGCCUGUGCGCAGAUCUCUUCCUGCUCCUCGGACUUACAGCGCCACGGGUGAUAACUGGAGAGAAGGUUGUUACUGAGGCAGGCCAGCAGGGGGCUCUCCAGUCAAACUAUCAACACAAGGAGGCAGACAUUACAACAUGGCACUUUAUCUACCUAGAUAACUUUUACAGUGGAGACAGAAAGUGAGAGACUAUGUCCCAGAAAUAUAUACAAUUCAGAAAUCAAAAACAAGGAGGGGGACAGUGUCCACAUCGUAUCAAAGAGGACCUCCCAUCGUGUUUCUCUGCGGGGACUGGCACUGGAGGGGUCAGGCAUGUUGCGCAAACAGCCCAUAAAAUGCCAAAGAAACCAGCCCGACUCCAGCUCCGCCAACAGAGGACACAUCACCUGCCUUGGUUUGACUGCAGUCCUGUGUCAGACAGUCAUAUCACUACAUCGCCCAGCUUUCCUCCCGCUCCUCUGCCCUGUCCUUCUUUCACCUCCCUCAGGUUGAAAUGUUUCCACGCAUUUCUCUCUUUAUGCUCUGUGUUUAACAGAUGUCGGUGAGCGAUCUCUAUGAUGAUGCUGUGCAGGUGAACUGUCCCGUAAUGUUAGAGAAUAUUCGAUGUCUUGCAACAGUGAAAAGCACCUCGGUGUGGGUAUGACAUUUAACAAUCUUUCCUCUUGUAAAAUCAGCCAGAAUGUAUGCACAUUGUUUUGGAAAUUAUUUAUUCAAAUUAUUUAAGAAGUGUAUGUCCAAACAUCCAUAUCAGUAUUUUUAUUUUAAGAUUUCAAUUGUUUAAAAUGUACGUUUUGAACCUCAAUUGCUAAAUUUCCAAAGCCUUUUUUUUUUCUUUGUUUUCAUCGUGUCCAGUCAGGACUUGAGAGAAACCCGGGUGAUUAACGACGCCUCGGCCAAAGCCUCUGUUCCGACCUGUGCCACAGUUUGCUAAGAUUAUACGUUUCCAUCAAAGUGCUUUGAUUAGUUUCAGAGUUUUUUCUGAUGUCCCAAACAAAACAAUCUUCAUCUUUUGAGAAAGAAAGCUGAGCUCGAAAAUAUAUUUCUUCCCUGUUCACCCAGUUCAGCCAGUGAAACCAAGAAAUCUUUGAUGUUGUUCAUUAAACUCCCACAUCAGAUUUGUCAGUGUGUAUCAUUCAUGCCAUGGAAAAAAAAAGGAAGAAUAUCUUGAGUAAGAUGACAGGCUGAAUAAAUUUUAGCUGGCUUUUUCCUCUUGUGCUAUGAACAUAAACCAAAAGGUGUGCCAGCGUUAGGGAAGGUGUCCUGGUGAUUGGUGUGGUGGGUGUUCUUAAACUAGUGCCUAUAAUUUAAAUUUUCACUUGAGUUUGAACAUGGUGUUUUUGUAUGUUUAUCAUUUUGUGCCAAUUUCUUGAUUUGCCAAUAUUAUUUGCGGUUUUGCAUCUCUGCUUGACUGAUUUGCUUGCCUGGUUGCUCUUUUAUUUUGUAAUUGAAUCAAUACAUUUUUAAUUGCUUUAAGAAAAUGUUUAAAAUGCGCCUUCAUAUUUAUAACUAAUUACUCAUUCUGUAAAUGAAACUAUUUAUUAAAGAGAGAGGUGCCUCUGUCAAAGUUCACAUUCAGUGGAAAGCUAGAACGAAUGUUGCUAAAACACAUGCCACACCUUUUGUGUGAAAGUUUUUGUUAUUGAACUUUUUUUAUAUCCACAAACAUGACAUUCGGUUUCCCUGUGUAAAGUCACAUUUCAAAUAAAAGCUGAAAAGUU